UUUGAUUCUCUGCAUUACAGUCUACCUGACGCAGUAGACCUUUAAAGAAAAAAAAGAAUGGGUAACGAUUAUUCCUGCGAUGUACAUAGUAAACACAACAGCUAUGCAGAAAGAGACGCAUGUGUCAGAAAACGGACUACAAACAGCGAAAUAGAAGCGUUAAAACUGAAGCAUAACUUGAGAUUCACUUGUAAUAGUGGCCAUGCACACAGGGACAGAAAAGAAGUUCUGGAUUGUCACGAUUUCGAACUGCGUAAGCACUUCAUCUCAACAUGCGGUAGAGAGUUAACGAGCCAUUACAUCAGUCAAGGUGGACAGCCUGCUUUGCCUUUUUUCCCGUCGCAGUCAAAGCCGUAUCCUGCUUUGACAUUGAAACCGUUCGACGACGAAAACGACGGCAAUGUGAUAUUAGAUGGAUCUCAAUCCAAACCAAAAAAUGCUUCCUAUCCCUAUUAGGGUGAAACCGGUGUAACGCAGGAGAUAACCUGGAGAACAAAAUAUAUAUCGUGAAAGGCGAUAAGUUGUGAUAAUUCGUAUUUUUGACCUACUAAUAACUCAACAUACACUAAUAAAAAACAUGGCGUUUAGUUGAUUAUAUUUAAUUUUACCACGUAUGCGAUGUAACAACACUACAUUUCAUUGGUUAAUAACCAUGGGUUGUCGGACGAAAGAACCAUGAGCGAACGUUUAUAUUUUCCAACAGACCAACGUUCUUCCAAAAACAAUCCCCGCAAAUGUACCGGUAAACAAUCAUGUCGUGAGAUUGGUUCUAUUUUUGAAAUUAAGGUAUUCACAUUUCAUUUUUUAUGUAUUUUAAUAUUUGCUAGCGGACAAACAAAAUUCCAUUUUACCUCUAGAUCUACUUAAAACCUGUCCAACUCAUGGCCAGAAUGUUCCGCUGAACUUGCCAUUUCAUGCGUUAUCGAGUAAUGUCGAUUAUCUAGGUCACCUUGCUUGUCAAAUGCGUAUGGACAAUGAGAUAGACAUGAAAAGACUUUCGUUACAUUUUACUUGGUAGAAUAGAUAUAAUCAAAAUAUAUUUGUGUAUAGUUGAAACUUUAACUCGGGAUUCGAAAAGUUGGAAAAAACAACCCAACUCAUAUUGUCAAACAUUUUCUAACCGUAGUAUUAUAUUCCACCCUGAUACACGCACAUACGUUGAUAAUUUCCUAAACAAUUAUUGUAUAUUUCAUCGUAUCGACUUCUAUAAUAACCCAAUUUGAUAUGAUCAACGUUCGGUGCUAAAUACAGCAUGUACGACUGACAGAAUGCGCUCUUACUGUAUUGGUACAUGUAAGGUGCCACUAAGUACUGUUAUAAUCAUCGGAUGAAUCGAUUUGCGUGGGGAUUUCUAACGGAUUUUAAGUGUGUGAAUUGUCUAUAUUUAUUCUAUAAAUAAAGUUCAUCAAUUUCAAAUACUUUUGUGGUAGUGUUUCUUCAUAAUUUUGAAUAUAACCUGGGUGUGACAAGCUUAUCUAUUGCUUCAUGCUUAAUUUUACUACAAACUAGAUCUUCCUCAUAUGAUUUGCGGCAACCUGAUAGGAUGGCACAGUAUGUAAAUUCCAAUCCCUUUUAUCAGGGAAUACUUAAUGAUACGCAGAAAACGUUCUAUAGUAUGACCCGUACGGUGGAUAGCGCGAAUAAAGACAAAAUGAUAUUCAAAAGACUAUGAAGAGCGAACAUGAAUUUAUAAUUAUUCAUUAUUAAUUUAGGAAAUAGUUUUUAAAGGAGUUUGGUUUUUAACUAUCUAUAAUAAUUUAAAUCUAAGAUUUAAGGACUUGAUGAAAAUGCGUUACAGAUUGGGUAUGUAUUACCAUAACAACUGAUCGGGUUGCCGAAAAUCAAUGUUAGAAAAGAAGAGGCCCUGUAUAUUAACAUUUUAUAUAAUAUUGCAACUAUUUCCAAACAUUGUCUCCCGGUAAUAUGACCCUCAUUGGGUCCCAUCUUUCUGGCCCCAUGAAGUGGAUUGGAUUUUUAACAUUAACCUCAAUUUUCAUUAUUUGUCCCUGCUCAUGGUGACAUACGCACUAUUUACCCAAAAUGGAUUCCAAUUUGCCUAGGGAUGUUCUUCACUAGUUUAGUUUAAAUCCCAUGAUUUGUAUGGAUAGAGAAGGACUUUAAUUAUUAAAUGGGCUAUUUAGUCAAAUGCCAACCUGAAA